GCAGGAAUCGGUACUAGGAUAAUGGCGGGCUGCACCACCGGGGCGAUGGCGGUGACCUUCGCGCAGCCCACUGAUGUGGUGAAAAUCAGGUUCCAGGCUCAGAGCCGCCUGCUGGAGAGCGGCUCUGUGAAGAGAUACAGCAGCACCUUCGAUGCCUACAGGACCAUCGCCAGGGACGAGGGCGUCAGAGGGCUCUGGAAAGGUGCCUUGCCAAACAUAACUCGUAAUGCCAUCGUUAACUGCUCCGAGCUGGUGACGUAUGACAUCAUCAAAGAGAUCAUCCUGAAGAACAAGCUGAUGACAGACAACAUGCCGUGUCACUUUGUAGCCGGCUUCGCAGCAGGUUUCUGUACCACCAUUGUAGCGUCUCCCGUGGAUGUGGUGAAAACACGCUUCAUGAAUUCAACGCCUGGGAAGUACAGCGGGGCGAUGAACUGUGCUUUAACCAUGCUGAUGAAAGAGGGACCCACAGCUUUCUAUAAGGGAUUUGUGCCCUCGUUUCUUCGUCUGGGUUCCUGGAACAUUGUGAUGUUUGUGAGCUUCGAGCAGAUUAAGAGAGGUGUCAUGAAGUUCCAACAGUCCAUGUAGCCUUCACUCUGACCCGUCUGACAGCUGGUUGGCAUUGGACUAGUGUUGUGUGGCAAAGCCAGGAGCGUUUCUAUCAAGCAGCUCCUGCUAAACAGAGAAAAUAUGUUUUCUGCUACUGGUCAGACCUGCUUUCUCUCAGGAAUUAAACGGCAAAAGUGUCUUAUUAAAAAAUAACUGCAGGGAAGAUCCUUUUAGAUUUUUACUGACUUGUUAUUCAAAUAGAUAUUUUCUAGCAAUGUUACUAAACAUGGCGAAUAAGGCCUAUUUCCUAAGUCCGGUGUGGUGUUGAUGCGGGGUCAUCGUUACAGCUUUCUAUUCAGAACUUUUUUAAAGUGUCUCGUUGGGUUUUGUAAAUUAUAUUAUAUUUUUCAUGUGAAGAGAUUUUAAUUUUUUUUUUUAGGAAUUAGGGUUUCAAGCUGUUUUUUUUUUUUAAAUAGAUGUAUUUUUGCAAUUAAUCAAUUAAGCUUUUAAAAGAAGAAAAACGUUAUUCUCCUGCAGGGAAAUGUAUUUGGGAUCUACGCUCUAACACACUUGUCAAAAACGUCACAACGGAUUUCAAAUUGUAAAAUAGAUAUUACAUUCAUGCAUACAUUGAAACUUUCAAAUGUCAAAAUAUUGUAAAAGAUAUUUGUCACAAUCUCA